GUAAUGGCGUGUAGGAGAGAGAAAGCUUAUUGCUAGGGGGGUAGUAAUGGCGUGUACUCACUCGAGUAGUCAUGUACAGCAGCUUCAGUUCAUCCAUUUCUACUACUACUCUUUCUCUCUCAUCUUUACUUGCAACUUCUGAUAGGCUGCUGCUGCCUGUGUUGUGUGUGUGAUCGAUCCCUGUGGCUUCUUUUGGCCACCACAGCCUUUUUGACGUUUCCCGGAGCACUUCUCUUUCUCUCUCUCUCAUUCUCUCUUUCUUCCUCGCGCUACAGACACUGCUCUUGCUGCUGCUGUUACUGCUUGCUUGCUUGCUUCCCUCCGCUUGCUCAGCUGGAAAAGAAAAUCUGAAUAUUCGCAAGAAACUGAUCUUGUUCAUUUUAGGCAUUCAUUCAUUCAUUCCUGCAGCUAGCCGUUUCGAUUCUGGGGCUAUAAAUCGGCGCCUUGCUGGGUUGCUCUUCCUACUCGUGCUUAGUUUCUUUUGCGCUGUGUUUUGCUAGCGUUGGUUGGGAAAUUUUUGUGAGGGUGAGCAUUCUUGACAGAUCACCCUGAACAAGCAGAAGAACAAGGGGGAGAAGUUCCUGCUUCUGUAGAGAUGGCUGACAUGAAGCAAGAGGAGAUCAGCCAUCCACCAAUGGAUCAGCUGCAGGGGCUGGAGUACUGCAUAGACUCCAACCCAUCCUGGGGGGAGGCAAUUGCCCUGGGGUUCCAGCAUUACAUCCUUUGCCUGGGGACGGCUGUGAUGAUCCCCACCUUACUGGUUCCACUCAUGGGUGGAAAUGCUCAUGACAAGGCAAAGGUGGUGCAAACCAUGCUGUUUGUGACUGGGAUAAACACAAUGCUCCAAACUUUGUUUGGAACUCGGCUUCCGACCAUCAUCGGAGGCUCGUAUGCGUUCGUGAUCCCGGUUAUAUCGAUAAUAAAAGACCCAUCACUGGCACAAAUAACUGAUGACCAUACUAGGUUUAUCAUGACUAUGAGAGCCAUACAGGGGGCUUUAAUAAUAUCCUCCUGCAUCCAAAUAAUUCUUGGCUACAGCCAGUUGUGGGGGAUAUGCUCCAGGUUCUUCAGUCCACUUGGGAUGGUUCCGGUGGUUGCGCUGGUGGGGCUUGGCCUUUUCGAGAGAGGAUUCCCAGUGAUUGGGAGGUGCGUGGAGAUUGGGCUUCCAAUGCUUGUCCUGUUUGUUGCUCUUUCCCAAUAUCUGAAGCAUGUACAAGUGCGCCAUUUUCCGAUAUUGGAGAGGUUCUCAGUGCUCAUUUCGAUCGCGCUUGUCUGGGUUUAUGCUCACAUCCUCACAGCAAGUGGGACAUACAAACAUACCUCUCUGCUCACCCAGAUAAACUGCCGAACAGACCGUGCCAAUCUCAUCACUUCUGCAGACUGGAUUGACAUCCCAUACCCACUGCAAUGGGGUCCGCCAACAUUCAGCGCAGAUCAUGCAUUUGGUAUGAUGGCUGCUGUUGUGGUGUCCUUGAUAGAGUCAGCUGGAGCAUUCAAGGCUGCUGCGCGGUUGGCGAGUGCAACACCCCCACCACCAUAUGUCCUCAGCAGAGGCAUUGGAUGGCAGGGAAUUGGGCUGCUGUUUGAUGGGCUAUUUGGUACUGGAACUGGCUCCACGGUCUCUGUAGAGAACAUUGGUCUUCUUGGAUCAACCAGGAUUGGCAGCAGAAGAGUGAUACAGAUCUCCGCUGGUUUCAUGAUCUUCUUCUCCAUUCUAGGGAGAUUUGGGGCUCUGUUUGCUUCGAUUCCAUUCACAAUGUUUGCCGCCAUAUACUGCGUCAUGUUUGGAUAUGUUGGUGCAGUGGGGCUCUCCUUCAUGCAGUUCACCAACAUGAACUCGAUGCGCAGCCUCUUCAUCAUCGGCGUCUCGCUGUUCCUCGGCAUUUCCAUCCCGGAGUACUUCUUCCGCUACACCAUGAGCGCUCUGCACGGCCCUGCACACACCAGGGCAGGAUGGUUCAAUGACUACAUCAACACCGUCUUCUCCUCGCCCCCGACCGUCGGUCUGAUCGUCGCGGUGAUCCUCGACAACACCCUGGAGGUGAGGGAUGCGGCGAGGGACCGGGGGAUGCCAUGGUGGGCGAGGUUCAGGACGUUCAGAGGCGACAGCCGGAAUGAGGAGUUCUACACCCUGCCCUUCAACCUCAACCGGUUCUUCCCUCCAUCUUAAAGACAAGCUCUUGGAGGCAAGGAGAGCUAAAGCAUUAGGAAUGGAAGCCGGCCAUUGAGUGAAUCUAACCAUCCCCACCAUGGUUGUAAUUGUGGUUGUGUUCUCCAUAGUGAAACUAAGAGUAGAGAGGUAGAUGUAGAAGAAGUAGAGCAAAAGAAAUGCUGGGAAUGGCUAGAAACUCCAGUCUUUACCAGCAAGAACAAAAAAAAGGAUGGAAAUUGGUUGGGUUUGAUGGAAUGCUUGCCUGGAUUCAUUGUACAUGCAUUUUGAGUUCAUGGUUAGUGAUGAGCAAUGAGAUUGA